UGGCUGCAGCUUAUCAGCUGCUGGGCGGAGGCUAGACCGGAGCGUCUGGGUCAGGAUCAUGCCUGACAGGGAGAGAUUUCCUGAGCAGCAGAGGCCACUAGGCUUGGGAUGAAAGAAGCAGGGCAAAUGCAAAAUCUGGAGAGCGCGGGGGCAGGGCGAUCAGUCAGCACCCAGACGGGCAGCAUGACAGGUCAAAUACCAAGGCUUUCUAAAGUCAACCUUUUCACGCUGCUCAGUCUCUGGAUGGAGCUCUUCCCAAGAGUAGAAGUCCAAAGGCAAAAAUCUCAGGUGAAGAAAACUGGUCUUGUGGUGGUGGAAAACAUGAAAAUUGUUGGUCUCCAUUGUUCUAGUGAAGAGUUACAUGCUGGGCAAAUUGCUCUUAUUAAACAUGGGUCGAGGCUGAAAAACUGUGAUCUUUAUUUUUCCAGAAAACCAUGUUCUGCUUGUUUGAAAAUGAUUGUAAAUGCUGGAGUUAACCGAAUUUCAUACUGGCCUGCUGAUCCAGAAAUAAGUUUGCUUACCGAGGCUUCUAGUUCUGAAGAUGCAAAAUUAGAUGCCAAAGCAGUGGAAAGAUUGAAAUCAAACAGUCGGGCCCAUGUGUGUGUCUUACUACAGCCUUUGGUGUGUUGUAUGGUGCAGUUUGUAGAGGAGACCUCUUACAAAUGUGACUUUAUUCAAAAAAUUGCAAAAACAGUGCCGGAUGCUAAUGUUGACUUUUAUUCUGAAUGUAAACAAGAAAGAAUAAAAGAAUAUGAAAUUGUAUUUUUGGUUUCAAAUGAAGAAAUGCAUAAGCAAAUACUGAUGACUAUAGGUUUGGAGAACCUGUGUGAAAACCCAUACUUUAGCAAUCUAAGACAAAACAUGAAAGACCUUAUCCUACUUUUGGCCACAGUAGCUUCCAGUGUGCCCAACUUUAAACACUUCGGAUUCUACUGUAGCAGUCCAGAACAGAUUAAUGAAAUUCACAAUCAAAGCUUGCCACAAGAAAUUGCAAGUGGGCACUGCAUGGUUCAGGCCAGGUUAUUGGCAUAUCGAACUGAGGAUCAUAAAACAGGAGUUGGAGCUGUCAUUUGGGCAGAAGGGAAAUCUAAAAGUUGUGAUGGAACCGGCGCUAUGUACUUCAUAGGAGGUGGCUAUAAUGCCUUUCCUGUUGGAUCUGAGUAUGCUGACUUCCCACACAUGGAUGACAAGCAGAAAGACAGAGAAAUAAGGAAAUUCAGAUACAUCAUACAUGCAGAACAGAAUGCCUUGACAUUUAGAUGUCAAGAAAUAAAACCAGAAGAAAGAAGCAUGAUUUUUGUGACAAAGUGCCCGUGUGAUGAAUGUGUACCUUUAAUUAAAGGUGCAGGCAUAAAGCAAAUCUAUGCAGGGGAUGUAGAUGUUGGAAAAAAGAAAGCAGACAUCGCUUACAUGAGGUUUGGGGAACUUGAAGGUGUUAGCAAGUUUACAUGGCAGCUGAAUCCAUAUGAAGCUUAUGAUCUUGAACAAAAUGAGCCUGAAAGAAGAGAGAAUGGUGUUUUGAGACCCAGGCCCGGGCAGGAGGAGCUGCACCGCAGCAAGAGGCUGUGCCUGGAAAACCACUCAGCAGGCCAGUCUGCACCGCACUGACCACCUGAGGAAGUUGUUACUACACUUCUGAAAUUCAUCCUGCUAACUCAGAAAACAUGGGUGGAUUUCAUGAAUAAUUUAAAAAGCUUUUUAAGGAAGCUAACUUACUAAUAGGAUAUUAAUGAUGGUAAAGAGAAUAUUUUUAUUUUAGAUUU